AUGGCCAUGAUGAAGGUGGAGGUGAUCUGCCUCGGCCUUCAGUUGGCAAAAAGCCUGAGGCUACGGCUAAAGCUACUGCUAAGCAUCUGGCCGUUGGCGGGAGUCCUUGCCGCGCACGUCGCUCCAGAGCCGCCGCGCGCAGUUCCAGUGGUCCACGUCGGUCCAGAGAAAGUUCCUCGUCGGAUACAGGCUCUUCAGAGCUAUGGGAACCUGAAGCUGACCCAAACAGCAGUGACUCAUCCCCCGAUUCCCCCAGAGCAACCGGCAGAGCAGGUCCAGGAUGAGGACGAGGAGGACAUCGAGGACGAGGAGGACGAGGAGGACGAGGAGGACAUCGAGGACAUCGAGGACAAGGAGGACGAGGAGGACCACAACGAGGAGAACGAGUCGAUCGUUACCCAAACGGACGGUGCCAAGUUCCAGUGCACUCACACUCAGCCAGAAAGCAUCACUUACUUAACCUCACAGACAAGGCCAUCCCCCAGCAUGUGCGCAAAGCUGGGCACCAAAGGGAACGCAUCCACAACCCAGCAUCAGCAGAAGCCAGGCAACAUGGACUUUAUGAACGUCCCGUGA